AUAAUUUUCUGUUUUGCUUUUCUUUCCCACUAUCUUUUUUACUUUAUUUUCUGACAAAAUUUCUGCCUUUUAUUCCCCUUUUCCCCUGGUUCCUCUCUGAGAGGAUCCUUGCUGAGAAUUAGGGUGAAGCAGGUAAAUUGGAAGAAGAAGGGAGAGAGAGAUGAAUUGUUUUCCCGAUGAGGUGAUUGAGCACAUAUUUAACUAUGUGACUUGGCAUAGGGACAGGAAUGCUGUGUCUUUGGUGUGCAAAAGCUGGUAUAGGUUAGAGAGAUGCGGUAGAAAGAGUGUGUUAAUAGGGAACUGUUACUCCACAAGUCCUGAGAGAGUGAUAGAGAGGUUUCCACGGUUAAAGUCCUUAACUUUGAAGGGAAAACCUCAUUUUGCGGAUUUUAAUCUGGUUCCUCUUGGUUGGGGUGGUUUUGUGUAUCCUUGGAUUGAAGCACUGGCCAAGAGUAGGGUUGAUUUAGAGGAACUGAUGUUGAAGAGGAUGGUGGUCACCGAUGAGAGCCUUGAGCUACUUUCGCUUUGCUUUAUGAAUUUCAAGUCGUUGGUUCUUGUUGGCUGUGAAGGGUUCACCACCGUUGGUCUUGCAGCUAUAGCUGCAAAUUGUAGGUUUCUUAAGGUGCUGGAUUUGCAGGAAAAUGAAGUCGAUGACCACAAAGGCCAGUGGCUAAGCUGCUUUCCUGAUUGGUGUACAUCACUUGUCUCUCUUAAAUUUGAUUGCCUUAAAGGGGAGAUUAAUCUGGGAGCUCUUGAGAGACUUGUGGCCAGAUCUCCUAACCUUAAGAGUUUAAGGUUAAACCAUACUGUGCCCCUUGGUGCGCUCCAAAGGAUAUUGAUGCUAGCACCUCAGCUAGUGGACUUGGGUAUUGGGUCAUUUAUCCAUGAUCCAGAUUCUGACGACUUCAUUAAGUUAAAGAAUACCAUUUUGAAGUGCAAGUCAAUAUCCAGUUUGUCAGGAUUUUUUGAGGUUAAUCCACACUGCCUUUCAGCUAUAUAUCCUAUUUGCUCAAACUUAACAGCCUUGAAUCUGAGCUACGCAGCAGGGAUUCUGAGCAGAGAGCUAAGAAAAAUAAUUCGCCACUGCAGAAAACUUCAGCAUUUAUGGAUAAUGGAUUGCAUUGGAGACAAAGGACUAGGAGUUGUAGCUUCCACAUGUAAAGAUUUGCAAGAACUAAGGGUUUUUCCAUCUGUUCUUAUCGGUGGGAAUGGCCCUAUAGGGGUCUCAGAAAAAGGACUUGUUGCAAUCUCUAUGGGUUGCCCUAAACUUCACUCAUUGCUCUACUUCUGCCAGCAGAUGACAAAUGCUGCGCUCAUAACCGUGGCUAAGAACUGCCCAAAUUUCAUCCGCUUUAGGUUGUGUAUCCUGGAACCAACAAAACCUGAUCCUCAUACAAUGCAGCCACUGGACGAAGGUUUUGGUGCAAUCGUUCAGUCUUGCAAGCGACUCCGGCGGCUGUCACUCUCCGGCUGGCUGACCGAUCGAGUUUUCCUUUACAUUGGGGUGUAUGCCGAGCAGCUUGAAAUGCUGUCUAUUGCAUUUGCUGGAGAAAGUGACAAGGGAUUGCUGUAUGUGCUGAAUGGAUGUGCCAAACUUCGCAAGCUUGAGAUAAGAGAUUGCCCUUUUGGUGACAUUGCACUUCUGAACGACAUAGACAAGUAUGAAACCAUGCGAUCCCUCUGGAUGUCGUCGUGUGAUGUUACUGUCGGAGCCUGCAAGGCACUGGCUGCAAAGAUGCCAAGACUAAAUGUGGAGAUCUUUAAUGAAAAUGAACUAUUAGAUUGUGGUGUGGAUGAUGCACAGAAAGUAGAGAAGAUGUACUUGUAUAGAACAUUGGCUGGGAAAAGGAAAGAUGCACCAGAAUAUGUAUGGAGUGUGUAGGUGCUCUUUGCAUAUUUUUAGUUUCUUGUUUUUUAGCACUUUCACUUUAUUCGCUUCACUGAUAAAUGCAAUUUUAGCCGGGUUCAGUGUUUUGUUUUGUUAAUCAUAGCUUUUGCAUGCUU